GUUUGACAGCUCAGCUUUUGCGUGACGCGGACAGAGAGAAGCAGCAGAUAUCUAGACUCUUCGCCACCUUCUCCGGACUUACUUUACCGUUUUUUCUUUCCUCUUGUUUUCAUUUUUUAAUUUUUUUUGCUUGCUAUGUGCGCGUCUUGCGUCUCCUGCUGGCUAUGAGGGAUUUAAUGUGCCCGUAGUUUUUUUUUUCUUUCACCAAAUUGGACCCUUUUCUGGUGUAGUUUUCUGUUUUCUUUCGUCUUGGUUGUGCGUAAAGAGUCGAACCAUGUCGAGGAGCGCGGAGGAGGUGAACAAGCUCACAGAAAGUACAUACAAGAAUGUAAUGGACCAGUUCAACCCAGGCCUGAGGAACCUGGUCAACCUGGGAAAGAGCUAUGAGAAGUCGGUGGCCGCAAUGACCCUGGCAGGAAAGUUGUAUUUUGAUGCAGUGUCUAAGAUUGGGGAGAACGCUGCAGUUUCUCCUGUCUCCAGAGAAUUAGGUGUGGUGCUGAUGGAGAUCUCCGAGGUCCACAGGAAGGUGCAUCUGGAGCUGGAGGAGAAUUUUAAGAGGUUCCACCGGGAGAUAAUAGCCGAGCUGGAGAGGAAGACUGACAUGGAUGUCAAAUACAUGACAGCCACGUUCAAGAGAUACCAGAUGGAGCACAAGGUGAAACAGGACUCCCUGGAGAGGUCCCAGUCAGACCUGAAGAAGCUGAGGAGGAAGAGCCAAGGCAAGAACGCCAACAAGUACGAGAACAAGGAGAGCGAGUGCCUGGAAAUCCUGACGAACCGACAAAUGGACAUGCAGCUGUUCGUCGCCGACGGCUUCAAGGAGGCUCUGCUGGAGGAGAAGAGACGCUUCUGUUUCCUGGUGGACAAACACUGCAUGUUCUCCUACCAGAUCGCCUCCUUCCAUGACAAGGCCAGAGACAUUCUGACGGAGAAGCUGAGCAGCUGGCAGGACCAGUGCAACGACGCCACCAACAUGCCCGACAGCGUCCUGUCCAUGAUCGAGGGGCUGAGGACGCCGGUCUCCAUCACACCGCUGCCAUCUCCGUCACCGUCACGACACAGCGUGAACAUCUCUGCUCCUCCAGCUCCACUUCUAAAGGCCCAGACCAGCCCUCUGGCCAACAUGUUCACCCAGGAGAAUGUCAGUGUAUCAGCUUCUACCAACAACAUCACUGACCACGGGAACGGCGAGGACAGCAACCUGGCCAGGUCGGUGUCCGUCGCCACGGGACUCAACAACAUGGUGAAGAGGCCUCGUGUUCGAACCAUCUUCCCUCACACCGCCGGAAACAACAGCACUCUGCUGAGCUUCGACGAGGGCGACGUCAUCGUCCUACUCAUUCCCGACGAGAGGGACGGAUGGAUGUACGGCGAGCUGGAGAAGAACGGAAAGAGGGGCUGGUUCCCUUCGUCGUACUGCCGUGCUCUCUCCGAGCCUCUGGUGAAUAACAACAGUGAGGCUGCCGUCCCGUACCGCAGCAGAAGUGUGGUCAACCUCCACCAUCAGGACACGGAGACGGACGAGGCCACCAUGGUGCUCCCUCCGGCCGAUUACUGUGACAUCUCGCCUCGCAGCGCCGUUAAGAACAACACCGUCACCACCAUCAGCAACCACCACCACCACUCCCCGACACCGUCUGCAGCCUCGUCCUCCUCGUUUGAUCACAACACGGCCGCUCAGACCAACGGCAUCAUAAGGCCUCCUCCUGCUUACCUCGCAGGAGGGAAUCCGUUCGCCACAGUCCGGCUACGUCCCACCGUCACUAACGACCGCUCUGCGCCGGUCAUCUGAUCUCACAUUUCCACACAUCCCCCAUUCCUGCAAACACUCGGCGAACUUCCCGUCAUCCGUGAGGACUUCUUCUCCUGGACUGGAAGGAACUUGAUUAAAGUUUUCCAGCGCUGAGAGGGAAAAACAACAACUGGCCAUUAUAAUCUGGAACCCCCUUCCUGCUCCAAUCUCUCUGGGACCCGGCACAGAUGCUCCUAUAUUUAUGAUAGAUAUAAUAUAUAUUUUCUAUGUCUAUUUUUGUCCCUCUGUCUGUGGUGGUGAGAUCUAAAAGCCCACAUUUUUACCUGCACUUUGACACAUAGACGAAUAAAAAUGGUCAAAGAAAAUACUGUAUUUAAUGCUGAUGUUGCUUCACUGUCAAAAAAAAGACUGUUAGAAAUGUUUUCUGUUGCCAUAGGACAGUAGAAGUGCUGUAGAGGACCUCCACGUUUCACCUUCAGGUCCAGACGACAACAUUUCUACUCAGUCAUGGAGCUGAUUUAAAGAGACGAAUCCAUAAAGGCACAGAGGGAUCUUUGUCCUCUUGUAUGUACGCUCCUGUAUGUACAUUUGCACAACAGAUGCUUGGCUGUCCUUUGCCAUCCAGCUUUAACGUUUUGUAGUGUGGAAACAGGAAUUCUGCCUAAACGACACAAACGUACCGACGGUAAUAUAGCCGCUGCAUUUUUCAGAAUGUGCAUAGGGGCUGUAUCCUCCUUCCUGUUGUAUUGCGACGCGUGGCGAGACCAGCGUACACACUUCCACCCUUAGUAGAAUCUGCUGUAUGAAAAAUAAAGGUUUAUUUCUUCAA